CUGUUUAUUUUGUCUUUAAGGGAACACGGUAUACAAGUCGUCUUGUUCAGCAACAAGUUGUGGUGCCUGUCCUUCUUGCACGGCUUGUUCCACUUCUAACGGAUGUCUUACAGGACCAGCAACAUACAAUAUUGUUGUUCGUUGUUAUACAACUUCCUAUGACAAUGAUGACGAUGGAACGUCUACCCUGACUGUCAGUGUGGCUGAAGAAACACCAGCAUUGACCAUUAGCCUUCCAGGUUCGGUGGAUGCGGAUAACUCAAUGAACGUUGGCACUGUGUUAACGACAGCGAGUAAAUCAAGUGGACCUGUCAUUGUGCAGUAUACGAAGUCAUCUGCUGUUUCAAACACAUACCUGCUCAAUACAGCCAACAUGUUUGAACUGAACACAGCCAACGGACAAGUUUAUGUGGCCACUGACCCUUCAGUAGAGUAUGACUACACUUACAGUAUGGGAAUAUGCAUAUACAGUCGCCGGCAGGAGUCCUGUGGAACUCUUCCUAUAAACUUUGACGGGUGCUUCCAGACCCCAAACUGUAACGAUCAGACAGACACCACCAGUUUCAGUGACCAGAUUGCAGUCGGAGCAACAUUGUUUACCAUGACAUAUACUAACCCUUCGGCUCAUUUCACCGCAAUCAGUUCCACAUGGCAGAAUUUGAAUUUUGUAAAAGUUUCUUCAACACUAGCAGAAGCUUCCAUACACUUAACGACAGGUGUUCUGUCUACAACUGGGAACGUAACAGUAUGGCCAGACUAUCCCCAUUCGACACACACCUUUGUUGUAAGAGUUAGCAACCCGGGACAUUCGUGCUCAUAUUCCGCCACGUGCACUAUGACCAUGCAGUUCUCCUUUACAAACUGGGCUAUACGUUUCAUCAGUUUGCCCACCACAUACAAUAUUCACGAGGACACGGACUCACGAAGACUGGUACACAGUAUUAUUACGUACGAUUACAACAACCCGGAUCAUGAUAAUGUCACGUGUGUAGUGACAGCCAAUGAGGACACAGCUCUUCUUGAACUUACCCACAACGGAAACUAUUCUUAUGACUCAUGGUUUAUUUAUAAGAAAGUAUGCCAGGAUCCUGACUGUGGGUACAUUGGUGCUGCCUUCCUCUGUACUGUGGGUAUUGGAUGUUUGAACUACGACUUAGAUGACGAAUAUACGAUCACCAUACAAUGCAGUGACGCUUAUGGUUCAAGUGACACGGAAACCUUCACUCUGCAAGUUACAGAAAAUCAACCGCCAUCUUUCACAAAUACACCAACUACAAUCACAGUAAACACUGACAAUAUAGCACAUUUAGAUAAAGUGUUUUCCAUCUACUACUCGGAUUCAGAAGGUGAAACAUUAGACUACAAUUUCACCAUUACACCGUCUACACCUUCUUUGUUUGCGUUUGAUACUCGGGGCAACUAUUACGAUGAUCCGGCUAAUGUUACAGCCACUAUAUUCCAAUGGGACCUAGUUAAUAGUUCCUUUGCUGUUACCUUUUGUGGCCGAGAAAGAAGAAAUAUAGUCUGCUCUUCGUUUGAUAUUGACAUCCGAGAGUAUUGUGGACCUACACCGGUAUGUAGCGAUGACUCAACGACAGUUACCGAUCAGUUUGUCACAGGUGCCGAGCUGUUCCAAAUAGAUGUAACCGGAAGUGGAUACACGUCACUCUCUUACGUCACAAUAUCCGAAUAUUCUAAUCUGUUUUCUGUGAAUUCGGUCACAGGCAGUGUAACAUCAGCAGCAGCCUUAGAAGCAAGGAGUCCUCCUGGCUCAACCACUUACUCUAUAGUUGCGAAUGUUUACGACACCGCUGCUUGUGCUGUCGCAGCUUGUGCUCUCAGUGUUGAAGUCACAUUUACCAACUUUGAUAUAUCUAUCGACAACAUGGGAAGUGUUAAUGUUGAUAUUCAUGAGGACGAGCAAGCGUCUGUGACACUUGUCACCAUAGCAACAUCAGAUGACAACACUAUCGACGGGGUCACUUGUGAGGUAGACAACGCCGCAUCAACACCAGCAAAUAACAACAUAUUCUUCGCUGUGGAAACAGACACUGGUUCGAAUGUUUAUGAGUUAGUGAGCAAAGAGGGACCAGGAUUUGAUUAUGACGUAGCAGACACGUAUACAGUAGUGGUUGUUUGUGAAGAUAAUUAUGGUUCCUCUGACACAGCUACUGCUACGGUGAGCAUACUUGAGAACCAGGUACCAACAAUGGAUAAUCUAAAUGCUGGAGACGUCAUCAAUGUAGAUCCGAUGACGGUAGGAGCUGGUGACGUCAUAUUUACUCUACAAAUAUCAGACGACGAAGGUGAUCAACUGAAGUAUUCGUGUAGUGUAACGAACAAUUUCGUCCCUCUACAGUGUUUAUCAGUAAAGUCUAAUAUCCUCUGGGGACGAAUCAAGAAAUGUGGUUUAAGGCAAAGCACGUAGAUUUAGAUGGUCCUGGGUAUGACCUACUAGGAAGAGAUUUGGCAAGUACAAUUUACAUCUCAACUGGUGUCAUCUGAUGUUUAUUUGAGAUAGUUUGAGCAUGACAUUUUGAUACAAUGUCAUCUUUUAAAGUUGUAAAAUACCUAAAUUAAAAUAUGCAUCCAUAUUUUAAAAUACAUUUACAUUUUGCAAUGAACACGUUGUCACUACAUUGUUAAUGAUCACAUGGCAAUGAAAGAUUUUCUGAUACGUUUACCUUAAAGUUGUAAUAGGGGCCUCUGUGGCCGAGUGGUUAAGGUCGUUGACUUGCGAUCAAUUGCCCCUUACAGAUGCGGGUUUAAACGUCACUUUAGGUGUAGAAUUUAUCAUGUGAGGAAGCAAUUCAGCUGGCUACUGGAAGGUCGUUUUUUGCCCAGGUGCACGCCAAGGCCUCAGACAAUGUCUUGAGGGUCACCUGGGAUCUUCCGCAACUUGCCAUAUGAUCUAAAUUAUGUCAGCAUGACAGUCACUAUAAACACAAUAAAAUAGCUAUAAAUGGGUUCCCCGGACUAAAUAUUCAGCCUGUAAUACGACUCAUGUUUUCUUGUUUUAAAAAAUCAAAUCACACAAAGAUUUCAUAUACUUUUACUACCACACGCCAUUUUGAAACAUUUUAACAUUGAUAAGUAUCAUGUAAAUAUAAUAUAAAACUUUUACGAUGAGGUAAGACAGUGACGUAACUUGUUGUUUUUUGUUCAUGUUCGUCUCUCACAGCGUUUUCAGCUAGUUGUAUAUUUGAGAAAUUUUAACGAAUUUUUGUGACUCGUAAAAUAAGUAAAUGUUGAUGUUGUCAUUGUUUUGAUGUUGUUGAACAUUUGAAAUGUUAUCGAUUACAUAUUAUGCUAAGGGUGAGUUGAAUUUACAGGAAGACUUUUCAGUAAGUUUUCCUCUUUCUCCUCACUACCCUUAUCGCCUCCUCUCAUCAUUUGCUCUUGCAUUUGCGCUUGCUUGCAUUUGCACCCGCGCCCCUCCUUUUACUAUGAGCAAGUCUUGCCCACCAUAAUUUUGGCAGCCGGUCGUCCGUAGGCGGUGCCCGACUGUUGGUUUUCCUGCUUGUUUGUGUGUGAGUGCGUGUGUGUGUGUCUUAGGCGG